AUGGAUCGGGAACAACAGGAAGAAGCAAAAGCGUACCUGAAGCAGGAAAGCAAUGUUUUUACGAAAUCGAUCCAGGAAUUGGGAUGCACCGAUAAAGUUUACCAUGAGAUUAGCACUGGUAAUGAUAGACCAAUAAAGCAAGCUGCUUACCGAAUGGCACCUAGUAUCAAGGAUUUUGUAAAGCAAGAGCUCACUCAAUUAAAAGAAAGAG